AUGAAGGGCUUCACACUCGUCUCAGCCCUCGCGGCUCUGGGCGUCGUCUCUGCCUCUCCUACUCCCACUGAGAAGCAGCCCCCUACCAAGCGUUCCGGUAGUCUGCCCACCGUCACGGCUUCCGGUAACGCUUUCUGGACUGGCGAGGAACGCUGGUAUAUGCGAGGCAUAGACUACCAGCCCGGCGGCGCCGCGGCAAACAUCGACCCUCUGGCUGAUUCCGAUACCUGCCUUCGUGACAUCAAGAAAUUCCAGGAUCUCGGCGUCAACACUAUUCGUGUUUAUGCUGUCGACAAUAGCAAGAACCAUGAUGAGUGCAUGCAGGCCUUGGACGAUGCCGGCAUCUACCUCGUCCUGGACGUCAACAACCCCCAGUAUUCCAUCAACCGAGCCGAUCCUCACAUGUCGUACAAUGCCAAGUACCUCCAGAGCGUCUUUGCCACCAUUGACAUGUUUGCAAGAUACGACAACGUCGCUGCUUUCUUCUCCGGCAACGAGGUCAUCAACGAUGAGCCGGACACCGACAAGGCUGCUCCUUAUGUCAAGGCCACAACCCGUGACAUGAAGAACUAUCUCGCCUCGCGAGGUCUGCGCCAGGUCCCCGUCGGCUACUCGGCGGCCGAUGUCGCUCAGAAUCGCAUGGAGACCGCAGAGUACUUCAACUGCGGCUCUGAUGACAUGCGCUCUGACUUCUUCGCCUUCAACGACUACUCUUGGUGCAACACGGACUUCAAGACCUCGGGCUGGGACCAGAAGGUCAAGAACUUCACCGACUACGGCCUGCCUAUCUUCCUCUCCGAGUACGGCUGCAUAAAGAACCGCCCUCGCAAGUUCGAAGAGCUUGGCGCCUUGAUGAGCGAUGAGAUGACCAGCGUCUACUCUGGUGGUUUGAUGUACGAGUAUUCUCUUGAGGACAACGACUACGGCAUUGUCAAGAUCAAGAAUGGCGAGGUGGACGAACAAAAGGAGUAUGACCUGUUCAAGGCUGCUCUCAAGAAAUACUCCAUGCCCACUGGCGACGGCGGUGCCUCCAAGAAAUCACACUCUUCCGACUGCCCGGCCAAGUCAUCCAACUGGGAAGUCGAUUCCAACAUGAUCCCCGAAAUGCCUAAGGAGGCUCAAAAGUACAUGGAUUCAGGUGCCGGCGAUGGUCCUGGUCUGGACGGCUCCGGCUCGCAGACGGCUGGCGACAGCGGCACAGCUACUGCUAGUGUCAGCCAAGGUCAGGCUUCACCAACGGCUAGCUCUACCGAUAGCGAUAACUCCGAUGGCGACGAGGACGAUGCCGCCAUGUCGCUACGCGCAGCUGGCGGCGCCAUGGCAGUGACGACCUUCGCCAUGCUUGGCGCGCUGUUGUUGUAA